AUGGAAAUUGGAAGAACCGGUGGUAUGGUGGUUGUACCAGUCUUCUAUGAGGUAGAUCCCUCAGAAGUACGUCAUCAAGAAGGUCAAUUUGGAAAAGCUUUGGAAGAUCUUAUGUCAACAAUCUCAAUAGAUGAAUCCACAAAGAGUAAUUGGAAAAGAGAACUCAAUAUUGGUGGCAUAGCAGGGAACGAAAGUGAUGAUGUCAAGAAUAUUGUUGAACAUGUCACCCGUUUGUUAGAUAGGACAGAGUUAUUCGUUGCUGAACAUCCAGUGGGUGUAGAAUCUCGCGUGGAAACUGUGACUAAACUACUAAACAUCGAAAACUCAGAAGAUGUUUUACUUCUAGGGAUAUGGGGAAUGGGGGGUAUGGGUAAAACAACCCUUGCCAAAGCAAUUUAUAAUCAAAUUGGGAGCAAAUUUGAGGGAAGGAGCUUUCUUCUGAACAUUAGGGAACUUUGGGAGACAGAUACUAAUCAAGUUUCUCUACAGCAACAAAUACUUUGUGAUGUUUGCAAAACAACGGCAUUCAAGAUACAUGACAUCGAAUCAGGGAAAAAUAUAUUGAAGGAAAGACUUUCCCAGAAGAAGGUACUUCUUGUGCUUGAUGAUGUGAAUGAAUUGGAGCAGCUAAAGGCUUUGUGUGGAAGCCACGAAUGGUUUGGUCUGGGCAGUAGAAUAAUAAUCACAACUAGAAAUAUGCGUCUUCUCAGAUUGUAUGAAAUUUAUCAAGUGUAUGCAAUAGAAGAAAUGGAUGAAAGUGAAUCUCUUAAGCUUUUCAGUUGGCAUGCAUUCAAGCAACCAAGUCCGAUAGAAGAUUUUGCUAAACAUUUAACAGAUGUGAUUUCUUAUUCUGGGGGAUUGCCACUAGCACUUGAAGUCCUCGGGUCCUAUUUGUCUGACUGUGAAACAACAGACUGGCAUAAAGUUUUGGAGAAACUCAAAUGUAUUCCUCAUGAUCAAGUACAGGAAAAACUAAAAGUAAGCUUCGAUGGUUUAAAAGAUUUUACAGAGAAACAAAUAUUCCUUGAUAUAGCUUGUUUCUUUAUUGGGAGGGACCGAAAUGAUGUAAUACGAAUAUUAAAUGGGUGUGGAUAUUUUGCUGAUAUUGGAAUUAAAGUCCUUGUUGAGCGAGCCCUUGUAACUGUUGACAAUAGGAACAAGCUUAGAAUGCAUGAUUUGUGA